CUCUGCGCACACACAAGCAGCCACCGAGCCAGGAAUGAUGGAGGUCUCCCUGAUGGUGGCGCAGCACUUCCCGGCCGUCCGCGGGGCCUUCAUGGAUUCUCCGUACAACGGCAACACGUCUCUGCAGACGUCCACGUCCAACCUCAACGCCGGCUACUCACGACCUUCAGAGACGGAGGACGAUGGGAAAGUGUCCAGCGACACCAUCUGGCUGUGGGUGGCUGUGCUGGCCACCAUCGGCAACAUCGUGGUGGUGGCCGUGGUCUGCGCCUGUGCCUUCUGACACCAGCGGACUCUGGACUCGCCCUCUGAAUAGGUUUUUCUUCAGAAAUCGAUGUAAAUAGCUUUAUCCUUUCUAGAUGGAUGGAACUUCAUCAAUAGCUUUCGAAGGCGGAGACGUGAACCUCUUCAACGGGGAAAAACAAAUUUCACUCACUUUGAAAUGCUAUUUUGAAAUGUGGACUUCUUUUUUCAGGAUCCAGAAAAUGUGUCAAGAAUCAAAAGAAACCUUGGAAGUGUAUAUAACGUUGAGCUCUGUGCAUGUCAGACUGUUCUUCAUCCUGUCUGUCAUUCGACUCUGAAGUAGCUCUGGUAGCAGCAGCACAGCGGAGACUAGAAAUCUCAAUUUAUUUAUUUUUUGCAUGUACAUAGUUUGUUACUAAAUCAAUGUGGUCCUAUGGAAAUAAAGUCAGU